AUGGAGUUCCGGCCCGAGCGGCGGGCGCCGGGGGACUUCGGUGACAUGAAGGGCAUCACGCAGGACGAGAUCUCCAAGCUGCAGAAGGCGAUGAAGCAGAAGGAGUUCCGAGACCACAUCGAUGAAUAUACCCGAGAGGUCUCAGACCCCGCCCAUCGCCAGGAGUACUUGGACUACUUGAGCCAGAUCGAGGCAAAGGGAGAGAUGCCCGAAGGGCAGCAACUCCUGAGAUGUCAACCUGGUCUUUGUGUGAAGACAAGCAUUAGCUUCAAGACGGGCCAGAAGCAGAAGUGCUUCAUCAAUAUUGUGCAUACCGACCGGCUGGAUGACAUACAGCUCGUGAAGGCGGAGGGUGGUGGCCAACAAGCCCAUUUACCCUAUAGUCUUUCACCACCACGACCGGACCGGGACCAGAAAGAUGAGUACUGCAUGACUUGCGACUUUGCAGUGAGCACAGGCACCUUCCAGCGUGCAGCUCAAAACUCUCAGAUUCUCAAGUUGUUGAUCGACACUGCAUCAGAUGGCCUGUCACAGCAGUUCUUGAAGGGCCAUGAGGAGGUCAGCAAGGACUACAAGGUCAUGCAGCGGAUGGCCUGCAAGGGCGGUCAGCCCAUGCCGAUGUCGGUGCGUGCGGAGCUCCUCAAGGGCCAACACCGAGCGCCCAAGAAGGCGCCCAGCAGAGAUGCCAUUACACCAGCCGAACUGAAGGAGAUGCGACAAGAAGCUAAGCGCAAGAAGAAGACUCUGUCUGGCGUGCCGAAGGAGGAGGAAGAAGACGAAAGCAAGGUGGAGAAGAAGAAAGCUUCGCCACUGGAGCCUGGGCGGAUUCGCGUGCCGGCGCACCGGCUGAUCCAUUCAGGGCAUUUGGACUUGUCUGACUUCAUGGAGGUCAACGGCCGGGCAGAUCCCAAUCUGGUGAACUCCAUCCCGCGCUUCUUGCGCCUGGUGGUGGAGCUGCCAACUGUGAAGCGCAGCAGUGAGAUCAAGAUGGAGGUCACAUCUGACAAUGUGGUAGUGGAGGUGGAUGGGAAAUUCUACUUGGACAUGCCCUUACCCUAUGAGGUCAACGAAAGCAGUGGCAGUGCCAAGUUCGACAAGGCCAAGCAGACCUUGACCUUGGAACUGCCAGUGGUGCCCAAAAUGCCCAAGCCGGAGGCCUUGGCGGCUGCCAGACGGCUUCAAGGUUUACAUGGAAAUCUGGUGGAGGAGGAGAAGGAUUUGGAGGGCCUUGAAGAGUUGGAGGACCUGGACCCAGCAGUUGAGGAGGACCUUGGCACGAAAACGUCCGAAGUGGAUGAGACGGUGGACGAGACACCGGAAGAGGAGCCCGAAAGAUCACAGGAAGAGGCCUCACUGGACCAGCUGGACGAGGUUGCACCACAAAGAGAGCUUUUGGAGUUGGGAACCUCUUUGAGGAUCGCUGCCCCGGGGGCUGUGGAAGAACUGCCUGAGAUGGGUGUGGAAGAGCUGGAGGAUGAGGCUGCUUUGGUAGACUUCCCCAGCUUCAUUGCGGUGGACAGCUUCCAGGGUGCCCGAGAAGGCUAUUUCUUCGGAACUGGCAGUGAAGGUCUUGGAUACUAUCGAGACCUGCGGCAGCCGCGGCAAAGGCCAAGACCAAGACCUCCUCCUCAGGAGGUUUUGGACCUUCCGUUAGUCGAGGAGGUGGUCAUUGUACCUGCACCACUGCCCGAGUAUGCAAGAGAUUUCAUGGAGACCUCUUCAGCCCUUACCACGCGUCUUCCAGCUGAUGAGGUGGAGGUGGAACAGGAAGAACCUGAGCUUCUUCAUCAGCUCGGGCGGCAAAAUCUGCUGCUGCGGAUCCCUUUGCCUCAUCAAAGCUUUGCAGAUCUGCGUUUGAGCGCAGUGGGACGUCGCCUCACCAUCUCCUUUUGCACCAGAUCUGCCAGCGCAAGCACAGCAAGCACGGCAAGCCGCUGGCGUCGACGGUCGUUGCGGCGUACGCUCGGAGGGCAAGUGGACCUCCAGCAGAGCUAUGCUGAUGUGAUCGGCUCGAAGGAGACUUCUGAGCUGCAGGUGGUCUUGCGAAAGGCCAUCAAGGAGGAAUCUUGGGAGUCUGCCUUCUUUCGGACCAACGAGCCCGACCGCGCUGAAGCGGAUGAAGCUGUGGCUUUAGGCCUCGCCGCCGCGCCGGAGACCGAGGAUGCGCCGACCUCGACCCCCAGCGUUGCACCGGAGGACUCGGCGCCCAGAGCGCCGGAGGUGGACGCCGCGGACGACGCGGCGCCGGUGGAAGACUCGGCGGAGUUGGAUGUGGCACAGCCGAUGGUGCAGGACACCACCGAGGCCAGUGCCUUACGGCAAGUGGAUGCCUCUGCUGCGGUGCAAAGCGCCAUGGUCAUGGGACAGGCUCCAAUGGGUGCCAUUUGCAGGUCGAAUCCAGUGAUGCAAAUUGCAUGCAAAAUGGUGUGGGUACCCUUAGGUCUCAAGGUGUUGCCCAGCACCUGUUCCGAACGUGUGAACCACGUGCCCUUCUGCGGCGGCUUCCUGGCACAGCUCACCUCCCGGGAUGGAGCCGAGGAGGGAGGCCUGGAUUCGGCCCAAGAAGAAAAGCUGAAGUCGGAUGCUUCAUCCUGGGAGUCAGAGGAGAAGGAGCUGAAUGAACGUGACGCCACGGACAAGGACAUCCACUCGGCCGAGUUGGCCUCCUGGAUCGUGAAGCUCUUCGGUAUCGACCUGCGGCCGACGGCGGAGUGGGCUCCGAAUCAGGAGCGGUGGCGGUUUCGAUUUAAAUUCUCAGAUGAAUCAAGCCAAGACCUUUCGAAGCAUUUGGAAGAUUCAUUUAAGAGGAGAGAGAAGCGGAAGAAGUUCUUGACGCAGCUGAAGGUGGACAGGCUCACCUGGGAAUACAUCCAGCAUUUAUUGGGCGAGCUCCCUGACACGGCAAUGGUUGGGCGUGCCCGCAGCGACUCCGCCGGCACCGCCAUGACGGACAACUCCAUGUACUUGUUCCGACGUCCCAGCUUUUCGGAGUCCGUGGCGUUUUCGGACACCACCGACGAGCGGAUGGAACACGCGAGGCGUGCGGCGACGCUGGAAAAGGCCAAUCCCAUCUCUUUGCAGAGCAAUCCGCUGCUGAGCCGCCGCCAGCGGAUGGGGCGACUGGGCGAGGAGGAGGCGGUGGACACCGCGCCGGCGCCGGUGCGAGGGCGCCUCCCGCUGCAGAACAAUCCCUUGCUGAAUCGACGGCCCAAACUGGCGAGCCCAGCUGCGGAUGGAGCCGAGCAGAAGGGGGUCUCUUUGCAAAGCAACCCCUUGCUGAAUCGAAGACCGAAGGCGGACGAGGCCGGUGUCUCUUUGCAAGGCAACUCCUUGAGGCAAAAUCUGGCGGCUCAGGCGGAUGCAGAUGGAAGAGAUCGCCCUCCGGUGCCGUUGCAGAGCAAUCCGCUGCUGAUGAGACGACAGAAGUUGUCCGAGAAGAAUGCAGAUGCCGGAGCUAGCACUUCAGGUCCCACGAAGGGGACCUAUAUAGAGGGCGAGGUUUACGACGAUGGAGGCGACCCACAAGGCACAGUGGUCUUGUGGGUGAAGCGCCUGUUCGCCCCGGGAGAGACCGGGAGGACUUUGCAUGGGGACGUGGUGACUGCUACCGAUCCAUAUUACAGAUGGUGGCUUGCGAGUCCAGACGGGGCAGUCACCACGGUGGACGGAGCAUAUCAUAUAUGCAAAGGUCCUCCCGCCGAAUGUAAGGGCGGAACAGGAGAACAUGUGGUCCACUUAGGCAAGUGGCGACAGUGGAAGGAAGAAGAGCUCGUUGACAACAGCGGAGGGAUCCUAGAUGAGGAUACGCAUGGACAUGUGCAGGCAUAUUUCAAAAGAGUCCCAAAGGAAGGGCCAGGCGCUGGAGGAGCUGGUGAUUUGCCCUGGGAUGACCCAGGUGAUGAUGAAGAGGAUGGAGAGGAAGAGAAAGGGAAGAGCGCGCCAGGGCCGUCCGGGAAGGAAAAGGCUGCAAUGAAGAGAACGACAGAGAGGAAAGGGUCGGAAGAAGAAUUGGUGAAGAAAAAGAAAAGGCUGACAGAGUUGGCCAGAGACCUCAAAGCCCUGAAGGCGGAGGUGAAAGCAGCUGAAGUCACCGAGGAAGAGAAGAAAGGUCACGGAGCCGAAGGAGGCAAAGCCACAAGAAAAAAGAAGAGAGGCAAAAAGAAGAACAAAAGGCCGAAAGACAGAGGGCCCUUUGGAGUGGCCGAAUCAGAUGAAGAUCCCGACAGAUCGGAAGCCGAGGAUGAUUCGGAAUCGGAUUUUCAAAAGGCCCCCGCGGGGAUGACGCUGUUUCUGAAGUUGCAGCGUUACGCUCAGCGGCACCCCGGCCGGCUCGCGGCCCGUCUCCUCCAUACCAUGGGGGUAGCGGGGCGCGUCCCCGUGGGGGCCUUGCGACAAAAGGGGAAGAGCAUUCUCAAAAACAUCGAGGCAAACGCAGUGUCCUACUACAACGUGGCCUUGGUCCCGAACCUGAAGGCGAAAUGGACUCCACGAUCCGGGAGAGAAUUGAAGUACCUCACAAUUCUCCUGGACCUACUGGUCGAGAACAAGUCAGCGCAGGCUGCCGACAUCAUUGCCCAGAGGAUCAAGGCUCUGGAGAAAAGCGUGCAAGACAACAACAGUUGGGUGAGGGCACGCUUCCUCGAGCUGGUGGAGCCAGACGACGUAGCCCUUCUGGACAGGGGGGAGGAGGCAAUGAUCCAGAAGGAAUUGGAGCGGGAGGAAAAGCUCCGAGGACCAUCCGAAUGGAAAGGAAAAGGCCAUUGGAAGGGCAAAGGGGAGCACGAAUUCGGAGCCAAGGGCCAAGGACGCUGCCGAGAGGAAGUAGAUGGUGGCGCCUUGGCAAACCGAAUCCCAGCGGAACCCAGUGAACCCCCAGACCCCAGAGGGGAGCUUCAGCGGAAGCGAAAGUCCGAAAAGGAUGUUGAGUCGCCCGAAGGUGAAGUGGCAUCUUCGGAGGAAUAUGAAAUUGAAGAGGAGGCCUUGAACAGGUUGUGGAAGAAGCGUAGACAAAAGUUUGAAAGAAAAAUGGCAGGGUUUCUUGCAGAGGAACGGGAUGCAUUGGAAGUGGCCUGGCAUGUGCUGGAAAAUGCUGGGCAUCUCAGGACAAAGUUUGGCAGGUUUCGGACGACUUUGGGUCAAAAGGCCACAGCCCAAGAUGCCCCUGAGGGCCCCGAUCUCCUGCCUAUCUCGUUAGAUGCCCUAGAGCUACGCCGGGACAUUCAGUCGGAAGUUCGGGCGUGGGUCAUAUUGAUGGCUUGGGCAUUGAACUUCUUGUACUGCACAGGCUGGGAGCAACCACGCCACAUGGAUCAUCCCGGGAAGCUGACUACGGCGCAAACCAAGAUGGUUGAUCAGCACUUGGUGCCCGCGGUGAGGCGCAUGUGCCCGAAGGGAUUGAAGAUCCCAUCUUAUCAGAAACUAAAGGAGCAGCUUCAGAAGAAAGGCUACGGUUAUGAUGGAUCUAGUUGGGUGGUGAUGGAAGACCUUGCAGCCGACAAAGUGAUUCCAUGUUGGCCAAACAAGGGGGAAGCUGCCGUUCAGCCCAUCACCAAGUUUUUACAUGGUGACACAAAGGAGAUGGUAAACAAACCACUGCUCACCAUCCUUCCGGCGGAAGAAUGGCCAGAGACGGUACCCCAGUCGUAUGUGCGGGCCUCGGAUGCCGAGUGGGAGAGGCUCGUGGCAGAGGGGUAUCAGCUAGGUCUUUUUCAGCCUUGCCCGGAGGAAGAGAUCUUGAGAAGCCCCUCCGGUGAAAUGAUCCUGAAUGGGGCCGGAGCAGUCCCAAAAGAGAAGAAUGGCAAGAUCUUGCAAAGAUUUAUAUCUAUUUUAUGUCCAUUGAAUGCGGUGAGCCGCAAAAUUGAAGGAGAUGAGUCGACCUUGCCCUAUGUGGGCCAGGUGUUCCAUUACUUCGGCAGCAAGCCUACAUCCAAAGUGGCAAAAGAUGAUGCCUACGAUGAGGUCUUGCUGGCGAUGGCCUUGCUGCCCUUGAGUUUCACAAACCUCAAGGCCUCAAUCUGUGGAAGAAUCUAUGCCACUGACGCCAGUCCAAUGGGGGCCGGGUCGUGCGUAGCCGAGCGCUUCAAGCGCCCGUUUGGGACCACAAGCCCAAAUGACCUGGUGUGUGGGGUGUGCCGGACAGAGCUCACGGAUGAGACAGCCCGUGGAGAAGACUUGGCCUGCCCCGCGAUGUGCGGGUGCAAACUUUGCUCUUUGGAGUGCUGCUUGAGGCACGCGCCUUAUUGCCCGCAUCAAGCGGUAGGAGUUCCAUUGUUUUCGGAGAGGUACAGUGGUCCAGAGGCCAGAUUGUCGAGAACCAUGUUUAAGGCUGGAUUCAGAGUGGUUGACCCCAUAGAUUACAAGUGGGACAGCACUAUGGAUGUAUUCACGGAGAGAGGAAAAGAAUGGUGGGCCCAUGCCGAUGCAUCAGACCCAACCCUUGAGCAUCACGCUCCGGACAGCAAAACCUUUUCAAGGGCGCGAGGUAGGCCCUAUCAGUUUGCCGGAAAAUGGUAUGAGGGGCCAGUGGCACUGAGGGAUGAAAGCCACGUGAUGGGGUUCACUUACCUAGCAGCGCAUGACGCAGCAGCGGUGAGGAAAGGAAACAAGAUGGCAAUGAGAUCCAUCGCGAGGUGCAGGACCCUCCACGAAGAAGGUCGCUUCUUCACCUUGGAUCACCCCCGGCGCUCUUGGAUGUGGUAUACCAAGCCAGCCAUAGACCUGGCAGGUCUUCCAGGAGUGAGGAUGGCGAUCUUCUCCCAUUGCUGUUAUGGGGGAAGGCGCAAAAAGUGGACGAGCUUACUGACCAACAGCGAGACCAUCUACCAAGCCCUUCACAAGCCUGUUUGCCCCCACGGAGAUGGGGAGGAUUUCCCGCCGUACUGGGAUCAGCAGCUUGGCCAGGUGGUGUUCCCAAUGGAGCAGGAAGCAACAUACCCCUGGGGUUUGUGUGAGGAGUACGCCAAAGCAGCCGUCAACCUCAUGAACCUGAGUGAGCACAGGGAAGAAGCCCUUGCCGAAGUGCGCAAGGUGAAGAUCAGAGAAGACCUCAUGAAAUAUGACCGGCUGCAAAGUCCGGGCUUGCAGGAAAAGGUGGUCAGUGGCAUCUUGCAUAUGGAGAGGACCAUGCAAAUUGGGUUCGAAAAAGCUCAUCUACAGCAACUUCUUCGCCUGGGUCACUAUCGUGGCACAGAUGUCAGGUUGGCCGUCGAGGAACAGGGAGGACGGCAACUGUUUCCGUACCCAGCCUAUAGAUGGCUGUGGCGUGACGUGCUGUCAUUCAGAUGGCGACAGGAAGGGCAUAUCAAUGAGUUGGAAUUUCAGGCCUUUUUGGCCCACAUUCGCCGAGUGCUGCGGGAGCCUGACAUGCGCCACAAAAGGGUGUUUGUGGUCGUGGACAGUCAGGUGAUGCCUAAGGCCCCACAGACACUUCGCUAUGCCGGGCAGGCAAUUCCCAUGCCAGCCAAUGUGGUAUUGGCCCUUGCCGGGGCAGCGCUUGAGGUGCGGGAGCAUGCGCUUGCCCUCCGUUUGCUUUUAGAUACUCUAAACCUAGCCUCGGUUGGCUUUACUGCUUACAGCAUCAGGCUGCUGGUUCUGGUUUCUGCCUUUCGAGCGCAAUGGGACGCCUCAGAUGUCGAUGAUUCGAUCAUGACCAUGGCCUCGACCACGGCCUCCUCCGAGGAGUUCAUGCCGCGCCAGCGCCCUUCGGAAAGUGCUUCCUGCCAGAACGCCAAGGCAGAUGCUGGAGCUAGCACUUCAGGCGCUGCUGGAGCGUCUGGUGACACCGAGUCGAGGGCGACGGACGGCUGA